ACCUGCUAGAAAAGCAGUAGGAGACUCUCCACUUUCUAGAGCUGCAGACUGCUGGACCCAACGUCCUUUCUUAUCCUCCACCUUCCGCCGCCUCUGCUACGGUCAUCAUGUCGCGGUCCCGGCCUGUCACUGUGCUAGGUGCUAUGGAGAUGGGACGCCGCAUGGAUGCGACCUCCAGUGCCGCGUCGGUGCAAGCCUUCCUGCAGCGCGGCCACACCGAGAUAGACACCGCUUUCGUGUAUGCGGACGGUCAGUCCGAGACCAUCCUAGGCGGUCUGGGGCUCGGGCUGGGCCGCAGCGGCUGCAAAGUAAAAAUCGCCACCAAGGCUGCUCCAAUAUUUGGGAAGACACUGAAGCCCGAUGAUGUUCGGUUUCAGCUGGAGACGUCACUGAAGCGGCUGCAGUGUCCCCGGGUGGACCUCUUCUACUUGCACUUGCCUGACCACAGCACUCCUAUAGAGGAGACACUGCAGGCCUACCACCAGCUGCAUCAGGAGGGCAAGUUUGUGGAGCUUGGCUUGUCCAACUAUGCCUCCUGGGAAGUGGCUGAGAUCUGUACCCUCUGCAAGAAAAAUGGCUGGAUCAUGCCAACUGUGUACCAGGGCAUGUACAACGCCAUCACCAGGCAGGUGGAUACUGAGCUCUUCCCCUGCCUCAGACAUUUCGGACUGAGGUUCUACGCCUUCAACCCUUUGGCUGGGGGCCUGCUGACUGGCAGAUAUAAAUACCAGGAUAAGGAUUUGAAGAAGAAUCCCGAGAGCCGCUUCUUUGGGAAUCCAUUCUCUCAGAUGUACAUGGACCGGUACUGGAAGGAGGAACACUUCCGUGGCAUCGCCUUGGUGGAGAAGGCUCUGCAGUCUACCUAUGGCACCACUGCCCCCAGUAUGACCUCAGCUGCCCUGCGGUGGAUGUACCACCACUCACAGCUCAAGGGCACCCAUGGGGAUGCAGUCAUCCUGGGUAUGUCCAGUCUGGAACAACUUGAGCAGAACUUGGCCAUGGUUGAGGAAGGGCCCCUGGAGCCGGCUGUCGUGGAAGCCUUUGACCAAGCCUGGAACCUGGUUGCCCAUGAGUGUCCCAACUACUUCCGCUAAGAUGGAGCUGACUUGGGAGGUGCAGCUUCCUGCUGCUCUGCUUGUCCUGGGUUUGAUCUGAUUCAGUUGUGCUUUCCCUGUUUAAACAAUGCCACUAUCUUUUUUUCCCCCUGCUGACUUAUUAUACACCCAGUUGCCUUCGAUGUGAGCUCACUGAGCCCUAAUACUUCCUGUUGAAUAAAACUGUUACCUGUCACGGC